GUUACUCUGCUCGGUAUUUCUCUCUCUCUCUCUCUCUUGCUUGCAGUGAUAAUGGAGGAGGAGAAUCAAGCUGUGAAGUCCAGCAUUGAAGAUGUCGGCGAAGAUUUCUACGAGAUGAUCGAGGCGCCGAAGUUCGUCGACUUCACUGCUCCCGGUCCCUUCCUUUCCCUUUCCGAUGAUCGCUACUGGUUCUGCUCGCGAGUCGGGUGUGAUGAGGAGCAUCCAGAAGAAAUGGACUCUGAAGUCGUUUACAAAAACUUUGUUAUGCGGGUAAUGGCGGCCAGGAGUCCGAAUGUACGGCUUCAGAGAGCACGAAGGAACUUGAAAUGUCCACUUACAGCUCCUCCAAAGUCUUCAAAGUCUAGAGUGGCAAGAUUAGCCCUUAUAUCUUCCAUCUCUAAAAGGAUAGUGGAUGCAAGAGCGAAAUCUAGACCGCCUAUUGCCAAGCCCAGACCGACUCCGAAUGCAAAACCAAAACAAGCUCAUGCCAAGGCAAUGACUACUCCAAGGAACAGGAAGCUUAACCCAAAUCCCAAUGCUUUUCUGAGUGUUAAAGUUCCUAAGACAACAUCAGCUGAAGUGCCAAAGACUACAAGGGUAGCUAAGGCUUUGAUCUUUCAGUCUCCCAAGAAGGAUGCAAAGAAGAAAACCUCUAUAGAAAUCAAUACUCCUAUGAAAACUUUAUGUGCAGCAAUGAAGAAACUUGAGAUUACCAGCGCAAAGAAGAAUGUGUUAGGGGACGGACAGCCACUGCCCCUUGAUGUUUCAAGGAAAAAGUUAAGAGGACGCGAGGUAAAGAGCCGGGUUUUUGAUUCAUUAGGAACUCAGAGUGGUUGCAAACGCCAGGAUGCCAAAUCUGCUAGAGUUUUGAAGAGGAGAAGCAAAGAAAAGAACUUAAAGCCGCCUCUUCCUGAUCGUGUUGCCGAAGAAAUUGUUGAUGAGGAUGCCAGUGACAUGGAUAUUGAUGAGAAAUCGAGGCAUGUUUCAAUGCAAGGGUGCUCUCUGUCAAGUUCUGCUAAGAGUAAUGAAGGAAAUUUAGAGGAAGAGCUUUCAAAAGUUGAAGAUUCACAUGAUAUGUGCAAAGACUCUGAAGGUAAUAAAACUUCAACUUCAAAUUCUGAAGAGAAUAUUUCAGAAGAAAGUGACUUCGAGGUAGUUCUAUGUGAAGUGGAGGAAGGGAAGAACCAAGAAUACAAUCAUGAAACAGUAGCCUUAGAGAUGAAUAUUUCAGAACUUCUGGAGAGGGAUGAUAAAGAAAAUGUGGGUGAAGUUAAAGAAUGUAAUCGAGAUGAAAAGGUUAUGAACAUUGUGGAGCCUCUGACCGAGAAUACAGAUAACUGUUUCAAAUUAGUUCUAUGCGAAGUGGAGGAUGAGAAGAGUCACGAAUGCAAUCGUGAAGAGAGAAUGAAAUCAGGGAAAAUAAAGAUGAAUAUUUCAGAUCUCGAGGGCGAUGAUAAAGAAAUUGUAGUGUGUGUAAAUAAGGAAAAUGUUGUGGCCUCUGAUGAUGACAUAGAGCAUGAAAGUGAAACCACAGCAGACGAAAAUGUCGCACCUAAUGACAACAGGGAAGAUAAUUCUUACGAUGGGUCUGAAAGAGUGACAUUUGGCAAACAUGAGAAAUCUAAAAAUACUGCAAAGGUCAAGGGAGUAGUGAAGAAGACUGUAAAAGAGAACUCUACUAUUCCUGUUACACUUGGUUCUCAUGGGGUGAAAUCUAGCAGGCCAAAGACCACAAAUCCCAAGCCAUUUAAGCUAAGAACUGACGAAAGAGGUGUACUAAGGGAAGCAAACUUGGGGAAAAAGCUUAAUUGUCCUUUGAAAGACAUCACUGCAUCUCGAAGGUUACAUGGAGAAAAGUUGCAGAGAAAAAAUCAAAACAUGAACCAAGAUUCUGGAUGUGACAAUCACGUUGAAGAAGACCAUGAAGAAAGGAUGCUAGAGAACAAAACCCUAGAUGAUAGACAAGGAGGAUCAGUACCAAAGAAAGGAGAUUCUGAACAUAAGUUAUGUACAAUGGAUUCACAAAAUUGUGUUGCUAUAAAGCACCAGAAACAGAGGCUUCCUCGUCUGCUUGAACCUGGCAAAGAGAAAGCAACCAAGAAGACAGAGAAAUUGAAGAGGACUGAAUUAGGAAAGAUACAGGAAAAAGUCAGGAAGCCUCGAAGGGAUGUAUCAUCUAAAGAAAUAACUUCUCUAUUACCAUGUCGCCAACUCAGUGCAAGGAAGGAAACCUCACAGAACAUAUUGAGUCACAAGGAUGCUAAAAAACCAUCAGAUGCACCGUCUCGAAAAAGAAGGCCUGCAACUAUCCCUUCAAAGGAUCUAAAUCUUCAUAGCAGUCAUCUACCAAAGAGCUGCUCAAGAAAAUUGGCUUAGGCUUGAUCCUCGCCUCGGUUAUCAGUUCGAACGUUCGAUUGGAUUGUUUUCGGUUUGUUCAAUUAAAUCAUUGAAUUGCAUGUCACAUUUAGUUAGUUCAUUCUUAAACCAUCUUUAAGCUAGAGUGUGUGAAGUAGUAAGAAUUUGAAACAUAGGAUGCCAUUUGUAUCUUACCCAUAUAUAUAUAUAUAUAAUCGAUCAAUUCUUGUCUUGUCCAUAAAGUGAAUUGCUAAGUACCUUUACUUUAUCCUCUAAUCUUU